AUGUCCUCCAGUCCAAAUCCCGGGUCGAAAGCCACCGGCUCGAAUAGUCGGCCUUCUAGCAAGGAUGGCUCAAAGAAGAACAUUUGGUCUUCACUGCUAGAUAGUGUCGCCAAUGGAAAGCGCCUGCCCGAAAAGAACUUGUUGAUAUUGGGAGGCACACCCGAGAGCCAGAGAGAAUUUCUUGAGACUUUCUCGGCAGACACAUCCGCGGAUCCAAAUUUAGUGAAUGAUAAACGAAAGGGGAAGACACCGCCAAUCGCCAACCAAUUUGCGCUGGGUUACACAUAUCGAGAUGUUCUUGAUGCCGACCAAGAAGAUACACUGGCGCGUGUGUCAGCCUACCUCUUGUCCGAACCUUCUCCGUCAUUUGCACCUCUCCUCAAACCUCUUCUGACCCCCCAAUCCGUACCGGAAACACUCGUCGUCAUUCUGAUGGACUGGUCUGAUCCAUGGACGUGGAUUCGCAGGCUACGAGAGUGGAUCCGUCUCCUUCGCUCUGUUCUCGUUUCUCUCGACGAUGAUACAAAGAUGGUUAUGGAGGAAACCAUGACAGAAUGGCGCGAUCGUAAAAGGGGAAUAGAUACUAAUGCUGGAGCUUCUGGAAACUUGCCAAAUUCCGGAGGACCAGUAACAAUACCGCUGGGGCCCGGUGAAUGGGACGAAGGAUUGGGUAUCCCCAUGUGUGUUGUUUGCCAAGGAGCUGAUAAGAUUGAGAAACUGGAGAAGGACCAUGGGUGGCACGAAGAACAGUUCGACUUCAUUCUUCAGUUCCUGAGAACAAUCUUGCUAAAGCAUGGCGCCUCCCUCAUUUAUACUACACCUUUCCUUGCCAACUCUCUCCAGAGCUUGAUCCACUCCUCUCUGGGUAUACAUUCUCUUUUGAAACGACAGUCAUUAAAACAUAAUGUGAUCGACCGAGACAAGAUUAUCGUCCCUACGAACUGGGACUCGUGGGGCAAGAUCCGGAUUAUUCGCGAAGGAUUCGACAUGGAAGGCGUAUCAACUGCCUGGUCGAUCGAAAUCCAAGACCCUCCAGAGCCACUUGAUCAACCCACUCAACCUGAACAAGAUAACGAACACGAGGAAGACGGUACAAGUGCAGUCACAGUAUUUGAGCAGACGAUCCAAGACCCGAAACGUGACACGACAAUUGCUCACCCAAGUACGACCAAGAACGCGAACAAGAUCGAGGUCGAAGCAUCCGAUCUGCAAGGGUUCCUUACUCAGCAGCUCGAAACCCUUGAACAGCUCAAAGUUAAAGAUGAGAAGGAUCGAGCGAACGAGCCGGUCCCUUCGUUGGAGAUGUCUCCAAUGGACGACGAAGGCCGAGUCAAUGAGCACAUCGGUCCUGUCCAAUUUAACAUGGGUGGUAUUCAAGUUGAUGCGGACGACAUGCUGAAGAAGCUAAGGGAUCGCGAAGCCAGUCGAGCCCAACGCAAAGAAGGCACUCCAACCGCAACUCCAGUGGACGAGAAAGCUCACAACAAAGCCCUGGCAAGCUUCUUCGCCGGCCUGGUAAAGAAACCCAACAGCAGCCCCCGUGGAAGUCCAUCCUCAUAA